CCUGGAUGUUCAUGUUGAGGCGGGAUGGCGGUUGUGUGUCGGUUGUGGACAAAUCGUGCACGCGGAAAUUUUUACUGUUGUUCAGUCGUUGUCUUCGCGAGUUGUCUGCCUAUUUGUGUGGUGAGAACAAACGUCAUUGCGAGUGCUCGAACGAGUUGUGCUGCAAGGACACAAGCGGUGUUACUUUAGUGAAAUGUGGGACUCGAUAGAGAAACGUCGUGGAUGAAAAAGAAGGCGCCGACACUAUGACGGACUCGAGCACUCCACUCUGCCAAGUUCCUGGGAGCUACGACAGUCAAGGAUCAGCAAUAUCACAACCCUGGUCUUCAAGCGUCCACGUAUGCCGGUUGACGUUCACCAGCACAAAAGACCGGGCCUUCAAGUCGAAUUUAAAGACCGCGACUCGAGUCUUCAAGCAUUGUCUUCACAUGCAGGCGCGUUCGGCGGAGACGCUCUGGCUCUGAUGGAGAGCGGCUCCAGAUCUGGCUGCUCCGAGGCAGAGCGUUCGAGUGGGCCAGCCGAAGACACCAUGAGAUAAGCUACUCCGUGAGAUGGCCAUGAGCGCUGCGACCUAGAAAUCGGACCCCCUUGACAUCGCCGCCAUACCGUCGCUGCACCAUGCUGCACCACUUCGCAUUCCAAAUGGAUAAGCUACUCCCUGAUGGCCAUGAACGCGGCGACCAAGAGGUCUGACCCCCUCCACCAUCGACCUCGCCGCCAUGCCGUCGCUGUACCAUGCUGCACCACUUCGCAUUCCAAAUGGGAAAGCAGUUCGUUUUACCAGACCUACUGUCGCGUGCCUCUGCAGGAAAACCGCAAAAGGAUGAAGAACAAGACAUCGAGAUUCAAGCCGGCAAGCUGGACGAGGACGAAAUAUGCCUGGAAACAAUCACAGAAGAAUAUUUGCUGUCGUUCUUGGGGAUGACAACCUCUGCCCUGCAGGAAGCUUCGGUUCAAGGUCUCGGUGCAAUGGUGGCGCGCAGUACGUGUUUGCCCCGGAGUCCUCUCACCCAAAGCGGCCAUGAGCAAAAGUUGAACGCGAUCAUUCAUUCAGGGAGAGUGGUACGAGCCAAACAUGUCGACGCAUCCACGAUCAAGGACUACGAGAGCUGCAUCCCACCAGCGGCUCGCAACUGGCGGCCCGUGCUCGAGAGUCCCUCUUGCAUGGCCUUUUCCAGGGAGAGCGGCCGCAUACUCAGACUGUAGCCUUGUCCGCGGCCAAGGUCCUGUGACCGCGGCCAAGUUCCAGUGGUCCAGUUUAUUCCCUUCCCCCAAAACAGGCUAAGAA